CUCAUGUGAUGUGCGCAUGCGCCAGGAAUAUAUUACCCUUCAAACCCGGAUGUAACCAACGCCUAACCUGUCGGAAGAAAAACGGUGGGUUGAUGAAGUAAAAACAAUUCUUAUCAAGAUGCAGACUAUAAAAUGCGUAGUGGUAGGAGACGGUGCAGUAGGAAAGACAUGCUUACUGAUCUCCUACACCACCAACAAGUUCCCCUCAGAAUAUGUGCCAACAGUUUUUGACAAUUAUGCAGUGACAGUGAUGAUUGGGGGAGAGCCAUACACACUUGGCCUCUUUGACACAGCAGGUCAGGAGGAUUAUGACAGGCUGCGUCCUCUCAGUUACCCCCAAACAGACGUCUUCCUUGUAUGUUUCUCUGUCGUCUCCCCGUCAUCAUUUGAAAAUGUCAAAGAGAAGUGGGUCCCUGAGAUUUCACAUCACUGCCCAAGCACACCUUUCCUUUUGGUGGGGACCCAAGUAGAUCUUCGGGAAGACAGCAACACUAUUGAGAAGCUGGCAAAAAACAAACAGCGGCCCCUCCACCCGGAGAGUGGUGAUAAGUUGGCCCGUGAGCUCAGGGCUGUCAAAUAUGUGGAAUGCUCUGCUCUCACACAGCGAGGACUUAAGAAUGUCUUUGAUGAGGCCAUACUGGCAGCUCUGGAACCUCCUGAAACCAAAACGAAGAAGAAGUGUCGUCUUCUAUAGAGAAAAGCCAACACUGGGAAAUAUUCUAAUGGGUGGGAUAGUUUGCCACAAAGGCCACAUGGCUGUUUUCAGGGGAAGCAAGAAAGGACAAAACCAAACUAGGCUGGAGAUGCCAAUGAUUCAUUUUAGUAGUGUCUGUUUAAAUUGUGCCUUCAAAUAAAAAGGAAAGAAAAUCCAAAGGUGCAAAUAUUCCACCAUGCAGUAAGUGCCACAGAUCUCCUUUUUUUUUUUUUGAAAGCUUUUAGAAAUAUAUGUUCUUGAGUGGUACUCUAUUUGCUUUUUUAGCCCUCUGUUUAUUAAAUAAUGAAUGCAUAAUAGAUGUAAUAUCACUCCAAACAAAUAUGACUGUUUGCCAUGGCUACUGUCCACCAACUCCCUUUGACGUUUACAAAGGCUUGGUGUGUUUCGCCAGUUUGACUUCCAUCAGGUGAUUUAUUCAUUUUUUGUUCUAUUUUUUUAUAUGUAUUAUACAAAUUAAGUAAUGUGUUUUGGGGAAAUUUUAGAAUUUAAAAUGUUUUUAUUUUGAAACUUGAAUUUUUACUUAAUCGAGAUCAAUCUUUUUUGUUGUUUUUCAGAGAAAAGCAAUAAAUAAAAUAUAGAUUUUUGGUAUCUUUGAUUUAUUCUUAAUCAGGAUAAAGAUUUUUACCUUUUCUAGGGAAAUUCUGGGCGUUUGUAAUCACAGGAAUUUUUAAUAAAUUGGUUUUCCAAAAA